AUGGCGUCGCCAACGCCGCCGGCAUGGUCCUGCGGCGAGGAGUUUUUCCGCAGUUUCGAGGAUCUGGUGAGUGCAUCUGGGGCAGCCACUGCUGCCAAAGUUGACUAUUGGCGUGGGGGUCUUCAAACGGACGAGCGGCCCGGCCACUAUGCCGAGUACCUCCUGAACUUGUCGGAGGUCUGUGCCUCCACCUGUUGGGGUGCGGGAGCAAGAUAUUGGGAGCUUUCGCUGGAUCGCGAACUGUACUUUCGCAGCUGGAUUGAGACAACAUCGCAGCUGGAUUGCGAAGGGUGCUCUGAGCUGCCGGCAAAAGUUGAGGCGUUGGCACCCGUGGUGCACGUGGGCCUCUGCGCUCCAGAGCUGUGCUCUGCUGGGGAGGUUAGGGAGGAGCUUCUGAGCAGAUAUUUGAUGCACGUCCUCGGUGCCGCCCUGGCAUUUCCGGUGCCAACUAGGGUUGAAGCCCAGAUUGAGGAGCUUUCUCAUUGGUCGAAGUUUCAAAUAGACUUCGUCAUCGCUGGAGUUGACAACUGUGGCACCACUUCUCUUGGCCGCUGGUUGCAGCAGCUGGAGGAGGUGGAGUUUAGUCGAGGUGGCGAAGAAGAUGCGUCGUUUUUUUCGCACGACAGGCUGUUGCCUUACGUGUCUGAGGUCCAGGCUUUCAACUCACAGUGGCGGAGUCCGUCAACUUUAAAAGGGCUGAGACAUCCAAGCUUGUGGGCACACCUUCGUGUGCGCAUGGCUCUAGCCCGUAUUCAGCGCUUGCGAGUCUUGCUUGUUGUUUGCGAUCCGUUGAGCCGUAUUGACAAGGCUUUCUGGUGGUAUCAUAUAUGUAACCCUCCGCUGCCGCACCCAGAGGCAGGCCCGCUGCUGCGCACACCGGGCACCUGCUUCGGCAGCAUUUCCAGCGUCCUGGAGGAUCUGCAAUUCCUCAGACGUUUUGAGGUACGGAGGCAUCUGGAGCACGUGCAGCGUCUUUUUCACCAGAGACUGGCCGUACUGCAUCAAGAGCAUCUGCGUCUGCAAGCCCCGAAUGCAUUUUACAGCACCCUGCACUUUCUUGGGCUUCCGGCUCCUGAGUGGGGCCGAUUGACGCGGCACAACCACCGCCCUGGACAUCGCACGGACCUGUGCCACAAUGCCACGCUUGUCCGGCAGUUCAAGGAGCUCCUGGCACCGGAGUAUGUCUACCUGGAGCAACUGUUGAACGAAGUCGGGAUGUUGCCCGUGCCGGAACAGCUGCUGCUUCGGCAGUCCCGGUGUGACCGACUCGAAGAGCUAUGGGAAGCAGGAAAAGAUUGGAGAGCAAAAGUAGCCCGGGCCUGGGGACUGGCAAGCACUGGCACUAGAAUUACUAGAGCCAAGGAGAGUGUCAUGCUGAUCUGUGGCGAUCAUGAUGAUGACGACUACUAUAAAACUUUUGUACUGGUUGUGUUCAUCAUGAAUGAUGAUGGUGAUGAUGAUGAUGAUGAUGAUGCUGAUGAUGGUGAUGGUGGUGAUGGUGGUGAUGGUGGUGAUGGUGAUGAUGGUGAUGAUGAUGAUGAUGAUGCUUUCGAUGAUGGCGGUGAUGAUAACACUGAUGAUGACAAUGAUGUUGAUGAUUUUGCCUAG